AUGGGUUUCCUUCGCUUCUAUCUCCUCCCUGUCCUCUUUAUCCCUGCAUGCCUUCAUCUCAUCUCGCUCACUGCCUUCCUCUUCUCUCCCUCACUGCCUUCCUCUCCUCUCACUUACUGCCUUCCUAUCCUAUCCCUUCAUGCCUUCAUCUCCUCUCCCUUCCUGUCCUCCCCUCUCAUCUCCCUUUCUGUCCUCCUCUCCCCUCUCCGUUUUUGUCCCCCCCUCUCCUCCCUCAAUGCGUGUCGCGCAGUGGGAUCUCCGGAAACAGUAGGGUCGCGCAACAUGUGGGUUCCGGAAUCCGCAUGCCAACCCCCCGCGGUGCGUACGCGGAAAUCUCGCUUCCCCUUCCCCUUCCUCUUCCUCACCCUGCCUUCCUCUCCUCUCGCUUCCUGCCAUAAUCCCAUCUCCUGUCCUGCCUUCAUCUCCUCUCCCGUCCUGCCUUCAUCUCCUCUCCCGUCCUGCCUUCAUCUCCUCUCCCGACAUGCCUUCAUCUCAUCUCCCGUCCUGCCUUCAUCUCCUCUCCCGUCCUGCCUUCAUCUCCUCUCCCGUCCUGCCUUCAUCUCCUCUCCCGUCCUGCCUUCAUCUCCUCUCCCGUCCUGCCUUCAUCUCCUCUCCCGUGCUGCCAUCAUCUCCUCUUCUGGCCUGCCUCCCUCUCCUCUCCCUUCCUGCCUCCCUCUCCCCUCUCUUUCUGUCCUCCCUUCUCCCCUCUCCUUCUGUCCCCCCUUCUCCCCUUUCUUUCUGUCCUCUCUCUUCUCCCGUGCUGCCUUCCUGCUCCUCUCCCUUUCUUUUCCUUUCCCUCCGCUCUUCUUCGCUAUUACAUCCUGUACAUUCAUGCAGAAAAACGUGUUCUUCGCACCGGUGACAUAG